AUGUCGUGGAUUUUUCUCGUUGCGGUGUUGACCGUAAUUGCUGGUACCGAUGGCCUAAGCAAAAGAUCAUUUAUGCCUGGUGGAGCUAAGAUUUUGACUGAAGAAGAAAUAAAGAACGACAAGAUUCUCCAAAGUGAAAAUAUUUUCAUGCAAAUUGCAGACACCUACAACAAGAUGUCAAAUUCGUUGUUUGCUUCAAGAAUAGCGGAUACCGUGGAAGUAAAGAAGCGGAUUGUCGCUGGCGUUGAGUAUGAAAUAACAAUUCAGUUCACGCCAACAGAAUGCAAAAAGAACGCGGACAAAUACACAAAGGAUGAUCUGCAGAAAUGCCAGUUCAGUGCAGAUAACGGAAGGCCACAGACGUGCACCUUCACAGCAUGGUUUAGGCCCUGGCUCAUCCUCGGAGUACCACAGCCGGUGAAAAUCGAGAUGAAAAGCUGUCGACAAUAG